UCUCUUCUCCUCAUCGCCGCCGCAUCUGCCCUUCCUUCUCCGGCGAUCUCUGUUUGGUCGCCGACUUAGCUUGUUUCUGGCGAUCCAUCUCGGUUUGGUCGCCGACUUAGCUUGUUUCCGGCGAUCCAUCUCAGUUUGGUCGCCGACUUGUUUCCGGAGAUCGAUCGCGUUGUCUCUCCGGCCAUAUCGAUCUUGCCGAUCGACUUGUUGUUUCCGGUGAUCUCGGGGAGGUGCGUGACUCGUUUCCGGCGAUCUCGGCGAGGCGUGGUGUGUCUUCAUCUUCUCUAGCGGAGGUGGAUUAGCGCAAGACAGCAAGCAGGCCGUGAUCAGAUAUUUUUUGAAUCAAAAUAGCCCUUUGUGACACGUAUCAAGUGAUAUGUAUACUCAAAGUCAACAUAGAGGUAUAAAUUUUGGUCGAAUACCUCGCACAUAUGGGAUAGGCAAGUAUAAACCAAAGCCCUUGAUGAAACGAAUAAUAAAUGAAGUCAAGAGAACCAAUAUGGCAUAUAAGCUACCUAAAAAGGGAAAUCAUAACCAUGAUGAAAAUAGAAGGGGCUACGAUGACAAAUUCAAAGCUAUAAUUGCUGAUGAGAGGACGUAUAAGUGGAAUUAUUUAAAGGAUAAACAAAAGAAGGUUACGUUGCAAAUACCAGUGCUAUAUCCUAGCAAGAGUAGCAUCAGGCCACCGUUUACCCAGCUAACGGAUAAAAACAUAGGUCCAAUGGCUAAAGGUGAUUCCAAGUCAAAUCAUGUGCUUGCACCUAUGCUCAGAAAGGAAGGAUUGCUAGCUAACUCGAUUGAAAAGUCAAAUCCACAACUAACGUCCCCAAUUCGUGCGCACCCAAUUCAUGCAUUGGUGCGCACGAAGAAAGGAAUUCCAGCUAGAUCAGUUUUAAAGUCAAAUCCACAACCAAUUCGCCCAAAACAAAUGCGUGGAUCGGUACGCGGUGUUAGCUUAAAGGGGCAAUCAACAAUGGCAAAUGAUAAUAGUGGUGAAGAAUUGAAAUCUUGCAAGGUGAAAAAUUAUUCUAUUUCAAAAGAGUCUGCAAAGGAACUCAUGGUGCACAAGGGCAAUUCAUACGAAGACAAUAAAUGUGAUAAGAUAUGUGGUGAAGUUACGAUGGGCGAUCGUAAACAUCAUGUAAAUUUAGGCUCAACUAAGAGUUUGAAGAGAGAUUACAUUCCUUCUACAUGUGGUGAUCAUUAUAAGGAUAACACGAAGGGGAAUGAAGUUCCAAAUCCUAGCCCAUUAACAAAAGAUGGGCCUAAGAAACAUGAUAGAGAUGAGUGUGAAGAUUAUAAGAAUCUAAGGCCUACUAAGAAACGGAGACGAUAUAUUGUAAAUGUUGAUGAAGAGGAUGAUUAUGAUGACAAAAAUCCUAUGGAUAUUAAAGAUUCAACCAAAGUCGCUAUGCCAAUUGCCGCAGAGUCUAUCAAGAGACAGUUCUAUCAUUGUAUACAACCAAUUGAUGAACCUAUCUGGAGCGGAAUCUUUAAGAUUGGGGGCAAUGAUUAUAUACCAUUCUCAGCACAUCUAUCAACUAAAUCAUGCAAGAAAGUGUGGGAUUUGUCGGUAUCAAUACCUUCAAUUGUCCAAGUGACAAAGCUUUCUAGGUCAGUGGUCUGGCCUAAGAGUUUGGAGGCAUCAAGUCCCACAGAUGACAGCAUUGGCUUGUAUUUCUUCCCCCCUAAAAUGAGGCUAGAUAAAGGCAUGGAUCAGCUAGUUAAGGAAAUCGUGGAGAAGGAUAUGGCCUUAUCUGCUGUUAUUGGUGAAGCUCAGAUGCUAAUGUUUCCUUCUACACUAUUGCCUGAAAAAUAUCGAACUUUUCAAGGGAAGCACUACCUCUGGGGAGUAUUUAAACGUAGAGGAGGAGACGAGCAACAAGCUGCAGCCAUGGCGGCUGAGCAGCAGCGUGGUUCAGAUCAGCGUGUCAAGCAGGAGCAAGAGAACACACAGUUUCAGGGUGACGAGACACAGCAACGGAUCAAGAAACCAAACAGUAACCUGCAGGAAACGGCAGUGAUCAAGCAGCAGCCGUCGUCGCCGUCCUCGUCGUCGGUGACGGCUGCCCACAUUGGCGUGGACGUAGUGCAGGAGAAGAGCACGGCAGCUAGCGGAGGGCGUCCUGCUGUGCCUGCAGGGAGCCAUGGAAGGGUGAUCGGCUUGGUGGUCCGGCAAACUCCGGGGGUGGAGGAGCUGAUCCAGCAGAUGCGGCGCGGAGGCGCGCUGCUGGCUACCAUGGAGGGGGAGAUGAUGGGAGGUUUUGAAGCAAACGACGACGACGGCGCGAAGAAAUUCAAGAUGGUGGAGUGACGCCCUUCCUUGGGAGUGGUUUUACGGCUCUUGAGCAGGUACUCGGAAUACACCACACACACUAUCUAGUGAUAAUUUGUGGUAGAUCCUAAUACCUUAGAGCACUAAGAUAUACUCCUUUCGUUUUAAAAAGAAUCAAUGCUAGUUAUUAACCUAGACUAAGUACUGGUCCAGGUUUAUAGCUAGAUAUAGGAAUUGGUUUAUUUUUUAUGGAGGGAGUAUGAGUUCUCUGGUUCUAUGGAUUUAUUGGAAGCACGCGGACAUUCGAUCGUGUUAGCGUGUGCACAAGAUUAUUCUAAAGGCUCCAAAAUUGCCAAUAUCAUUAAAUUCAAUUUUCUAGUUUAGUUUUAAACCAUGUAAGAGUCUGUUUCAUCUUUUCUUGAACUCCUAUUUUAGACCUCACGCCAUGUAAGAGUGUUUAACUUUUUUUAACUCAUAGCCCCUUUAUACUGUCUUAAAAAUAUAUAGGGAGUUCCCAAUAACUUUUGGAUUUUA